AUGGCGACGUCGGCGCUACCUGCCGUCAUGGCAUCUGGGUCUGGCGAUGCUGCCGCAGGUGCGACAAUCGCCAACGAUGCCCCGGCUCCCAGGAAGUACAAAGCCUCCGAUCUUCCUCUGCCGUCUGCCACCCGAGCUGCCAUCGAUUCACUGGCGCACAGCUUCAAGAAGAAGGGAGGCUACGACGCAAUUCGUAAAGAAGUGUGGGACAAGUUCGCUGCCAGCGACUACGAGGAACAAGUUACGAAAGCCAUCCUCGAGGUCGCCGAACACGAGGUUCAACGAAACCCCCACCAACUUCUCACACUCGACCGCGGAAAGGCUGCUGCCCUUAUUGAUGGCGCUCUCGAGCGAUCUGGCGUUUACCAAAAGGCUGAGCAAGUCAUUACGCAGCUCAUCGAUAAGAAGGCGAUUGAGGAGCGAAUGCGCCAGCUUCGUCGAGCCGACAUUGGCGAGGAAGAAGCGACCGCGGAGCAGCAGCGAGGCGCCAAAACAGACGAGGAAUACCAUGCAGAUACUAUGGGCAGAAGAGCUGAGCGGGAGAGAGUACGCGAAGAGCUAAGGCAGAAGGAGCUAGCUAUCGAGGAAGAGAAGCGAAAGAUCGCUCGAGAGGAGCGAAAGAAGGUCGAAAAGGAGCGCGAAAAGGCGGAGGAGCAGCGCAAGGCAGAACGAGACGCCCGCAGAGCCGCUAGGGAAAAGGCUCAGGCUGAGCGAGACGCCGAACGAGACGAGCGCCGCAGACAAAGAGACAGGGAGCGAAGUCGAGACCGGAACCGCGACAGGAGUCGAAGCCGCAGCCGUCGAAGAGACCGCGACCGCGAUCGCGAACGUGACCGUGAACGUGAUGCCGAGCGCGAGCGUGAGCGGCAAGAGGAAAGGGAACGGAGACGGAAACAGCGAGAAGAGGAGACUGAGAAGGCCAAGAAGAACCUCACCCAGGAAGAUAUGAAGAGGCUCGAAGAGGAAGCCCUUUUGGAUCUCUUGCGCGAAAGCACCCACGGCGCAGCGAAGCAACCCGAGAUGGAAAUUGAUGAGGCGCUGGCUCCCCCGCCUAGAAAGCUGGCACCAGCGUCUGCUAUCAUGCCUAUCAAGAAGGUUUCUUCGCGCGAUUCGCCAAAAGUCUCGGAAUCCAAAAAGCCCUCUGAUCCGGUGGCAAAGAAAGAAGCAAGAGAUGGCAGUGUUGCUGCCGCGCCAAAGGUUGGGCCGACAGAGACACGGACCAGAAGCCGCGUCGCACGAGAGAUGAUGACGACCGCCGCAGACGUGAUCGUCGUUCCAGGUCACCCCGCCGGGAUCGUUCUCGCGACAGACGUGACAGAUCUCGCUCCCGGUCAAGACCUAGGCGCGAUAGGAGUCGAUCUCGGAUACGCACAGAGAGGCGAGAUAGGACUCGUUCUCCUUCCCGUACCAGAACUCGACGCGAUCGGAGCCGUUCUCGCACAAGACACGACCGUCGCGACAGGAGCCGUUCCCGAUCUCGCGGACCGAGAGAAGGAGCGGGACCGCGACCGCAAGAGUAGGUCACGGUCGCGUCCCACUUCUUCAGCAGUCAGGUCAGCCUCCAAACUGGACAAGGAACAGGAGGUUAGAGAGACAACAAAAAUGGACGAGGUUCGGAAGCGGGAGAAGGAAGCCAAGGCAUACUUGGCCGCACAGCGCGAGGCUCGUGAGAAGGGCAUGCCCGUCCCAGGAAUCGACGACAAGAGGAGUACAGGAGAGCGGUCUCCAGAAGCCAAACGGAAGCGAGAUCUGGACGAGAUCGAUCGACCGCCGCCGCAGCCGGUCGCGGAGCAGAAGUCGGGCCAAGGAUCGCGACAGAGAGCGUGA